CUCCCACAAGGCUUUGCGGCAGCUCGAAGAUGCUAACUAGCUGUAAUGCUAGCUGCUAUGCUAGUUGGCUGCUACAGUCAGUUAGCUUUCAGUCCACUGAAUGCAGCCUGGGGCGCACAUACACAAGCGAGGAGGGCUACUCGCUUACGGAUCUUUGCCCCAUUGACAGCUAAAGAAGACCCUCAGAUGCGAUUUCAUCGUGGCCGCUGCUGUCAAGCUUAAAGACCUGUUCAUUCUGCAGUGAAUUAGUUGCCAAGAUACUACUGUGGGAAGAAUGACUUUGUCUCGUUGUGAUUUCCUGGAUCUGGAUCUUUUUGGACUAUGAUAAAACUAGAAGAAAGUAAACAAAUUUGAAAAAUUAUCGGCUGCUGUGGGGAGCGGGGGACUGGACCAACAAACAGCGCCACACUGGAAGUCACCUCGUGCUGCAAAGGGCACCAAGCUUCCUGUCUUGUCUUUUUUCCUGCUAUCUCAUCGUUUUGGAUGAUUGAGCACAAGGGCCACUUUGAAGGAGCCCACCGGUGGCUGUGGCCUGGCUGGAGCCGACGGACUGCUUGCCAGGGCUUUUAAUUCGCGUCAUUUGGUGCCACUGCCAUGAACGGCGGCUGGAGGACACAACCGUGAGGAAUGAGGAACUGAACCCUUGGAAUUGACGUUAAUUAUGUUUCAAAUUUUAUGCCAACAGAAGGUUUGUUCUUAAGAGACUGGAGUUACCUUAAUAAUAGGAGAGAAGAAUGAAGCUAAGAAAGCAGGUGACUGUGUGUGGUGGGGCCAUCUUCUGUGUGGCUGUAUUCUCACUCUAUCUCAUGUUGGACCGCGUCCAGCAUGACCCUGGAAGGCGACAAAAUGGCGGAAAUUUUCCACGGAGCCAAAUUUCCGUCCUGCAGAAUCGGAUAGAGCAGCUGGAGCAGCUCCUGGAGGAAAACCACCAAAUCAUCAGCCACAUAAAAGACUCUGUCAUGGAGCUCACAGACACAGGAGCAGUGUCUCCCAGCGGCCACCUGCCCUUCAGGGGUGUCAACGGCUCCUGGGUGCUUCCCUUUGAUGGCCACCCUACUUUUCUUGCUGUGAAGCCCCAGGACUGCCAGUUCGCUGCAGGCACUCACAGCCAGGCAGACGUUCAGAUGUUGGAUGUAUACUCCCUACUGAAGUUUGACAAUCCAGACGGCGGAGUGUGGAAACAGGGCUUUGACAUUACCUAUGAAGCUGAUGAGUGGGACAAAGAACCCCUGCAAGUGUUUGUGAUCCCACACUCGCACAAUGAUCCAGGUUGGGUUAAGACUUUCGACAAGUACUUCACAGACCAGACGCAGCAAAUUUUAAACAACAUGGUGGUGAAGCUGGCUGAGGAUCCUCGCAGGAAGUUCAUCUGGUCCGAGAUUUCCUUUUUCUCAAAGUGGUGGGAGAGCGCGGAUGCACAAAAGCAGGAGGCUGCACGCAAACUGAUCCUUGGAGGACAGCUUGAGAUUGUGACAGGAGGCUGGGUGAUGACCGAUGAAGCUAAUGUUCACUACUUCGCCAUGAUUGACCAGCUCAUUGAAGGACACCAGUGGCUUGAAAGAAACAUAGGCAUAACGCCACACAGUGGGUGGGCGAUAGAUCCUUUUGGUCACAGCUCUACUAUGGCCUACGUGCUGAAGAAGGCCAACCUGACCAGCAUGCUCAUCCAGAGGGUCCACUAUUCGAUCAAAAAGCAUUUUGCCGCCACUCGAAGUCUGGAGUUUAUGUGGCGGCAGAACUGGGACAAAGGAUCCAGUUCAGACAUCUUUUGCCACAUGAUGCCCUUCUACAGCUAUGACGUACCUCACACCUGCGGGCCCGACCCAAAGAUCUGCUGCCAGUUUGACUUCAAGAGGCUACCAGGAGGACGGAUCAACUGUCCUUGGAAAAUCCCACCCAAGACUGUGGUGGAGGCAAAUGUAGCGGAGAGGGCACAGUUGAUCCUUGAUCAAUACCGUAAGAAGUCCAAACUUUAUCGUAGCAAGGUGCUGCUUAUCCCGCUAGGGGAUGACUUCCGCUACGACAAGGCCUUGGAGUGGGACCAGCAGUACAUCAACUACCAAAAGCUCUUUGACUAUAUGAAUUCUCACCCUGAGAUGCAUGUCAAGGCUCAGUUUGGAACUCUGACAGACUACUUCAGUGCUCUCUACAAAUCAUAUUCAGUGGCCCCUGGAUCACGACCCGCAGACUAUCCAGUACUCAGUGGAGAUUUCUUUGCCUAUGCCGACCGUGAAGACCACUACUGGACCGGCUAUUUUACAUCCCGCCCUUUUUAUAAGAGCUUUGACCGUGUGAUUGAGUCACACCUCAGGGGUGCGGAGAUCCUUUAUAGCUUGGCGGUUGCCAAUGCUCGACACAUGGGCAUGGAGGGACGCUACCCAGUCUCGGAUUACGCUCUGCUUGUGGACGCCAGGCGUUCUGUGGGCCUCUUCCAGCAUCACGAUGCCAUCACUGGCACUGCGAAGGAGAAUGUUGUCAUUGACUACGGAAGCAGAUUGCUGCGUUCACUCAUCGGCCUGAAGAGGGUAAUUAUCAAUGCCGCUCAUUUCCUGGUCAUGAAGAACAAAGAGUUUUAUCGCUUCUACCAGACGGAGCCUUUCUUGGAGACUGAUGAUCGACGUGCCACUCAAGACUCUUUACCCGAGCGCACUUUAAUUGAGCUGGACGCAGCAGGGCCGAGAUACCUGGUGCUGUUCAAUCCAUUGGAGCAGGAGCGUCUGUGUGCCGUGACCGUGUUGGUUAACACCGUCAAGGUGAGGGUUCUCACGGAAGACGGACAGACUCUCCCUGUGCAGUUGAAUGCUCAGUGGAGCUCGGCGAGUCAGAUGAGUGCAGAGGUGUUUGAGGCUACAUUCAUGGUGCGCCUGCCACCGCUGGGUUUAGCCGUCUUCCAUCUCUAUGAUUCUCCAAGUUCGCCCAUGACACUGCGCUCGGACAUUGUCCUCCGCCUGUCGGGAAACUCACUACCUGCCCGUACUUUGGACCCACUUCCUGUUCGAUCUCAGCAUGCUGACCCGCAAACCUUUUACAUUACCAGCCAGUUUUUGACACUCGGCUUCUCAGGCACCACGGGCCUUCUGGAGAGUAUCAAACGGAAAGAUGAUCCUCAGGAAGUGAAGGUGCAGAUGCAUUUCAUGAUGUAUGGAACUCGCAUCUCCAAGGACAAAAGUGGUGCUUAUCUUUUCCUCCCUGAUGGGAAAGCAAUGCCGUACGAACACAAACAACUGCCUGCAGUGCGUGUCGUCGAGGGGCCUCUCUUCUCUGAAGUGGUGGCAUACUACCAACAUUUUCAGCAGGCCGUUCGCAUCCACAACGUGCCAGGCAUGGAUGGCCUGUCUGUGGAUAUCACCACCACGGUGGACAUCAGAGAUCAAUCUAAUAAAGAGCUGGCCAUGCGACUAGUCACAGACAUACAGAAUGAAGAUGUCUUCUACACAGAUCUCAAUGGCUUCCAGAUGCAGCUCCGUCGCCGACACCUGAAGCUCCCUUUGCAAGCCAACUUCUACCCAAUGCCCAGCCAAGCGUACAUCCAGGACAGCAAUCACAGACUGACACUACACACAGCUCAGUCCCUGGGUGUCACCAGCCUAGAGAAUGGCCAACUCGAAGUGAUUUUGGACCGCCGACUGAUGCAGGAUGAUAAUCGUGGGCUGGGUCAAGGCCUCAAGGACAACAAAAGGACAGUCAACCGUUUUCGACUACUCCUGGAGAGAAGGUCCACCGGCAACAAGCCUGAUGGCUUCUUUGCCAAAUUCUCCUCCUUGUUUCACUCUCUCCUCUCCAAAAUCUUGAGUGACAGAGUUCAAGAGAUGACAGACAGCGACACGACGAGCUUCCCCUCUGUGCUCAGUCACAUGACCAACGCCAUCCUGAAUCACAAUGUUCUGGCGCUACCCGUCCUGCCCAAAAGGCGUGGCAUCCCUCCUCUACAAACAUUCGCACCGCUCAAGGCCACACUUCCCUGCGACUUCCACCUGCUCAACCUGCGCAGCAUCCAAACCCAGCAGGACCCCAACGCUCCGUCACCAUACACCGCUUUAAUUCUUCACCGUUUGGGCCUUGACUGUAGCUUGGACGCCCCCAACUUGGGCUUCAACUGCACCACCACCCAAGGACAGCUCAACAUCUCCAGCCUCUUUAAAAACGUGGACGUUCAGCUGCUCCAGCCUACGUCUCUGACCUUAAUGUAUUCCAGUCCCCCAUUGGCCAACCACUCCACUGUCAGUCUAGAUCCGAUGGAGAUCUCCGCCUUUAAGCUGAAACUACGCUAGGAGCCACUAUAACUGUCUUCGGAUUGAGAAGUGGACCUCGGCCGGGUGUGGACCGGCAUAGAACGGGGAGGGGCUGGGAUUCUGGGCUUUGUCAUGCAGAACCACAGACCAGUCGGAUAACGCUUAUCCUUUUUGCAGCGUGGGAACUUAUUGCUGUUUUGGGAGGCAGGAAACGGAUCAUGUGACCGGGUUCUGCGAAAAGAAAGAAUGUUUUCUAUCCUGGAAUUGAACUACUGAAUGUAAAUAUGCCAAUGGAAGGGGGGGGCGGGGUUUCAUCAUCAUCAUCAUCAUUAUCAUUAUUAUCACAGUGCAAUUGAUGAAGCUUUAUUUCUUUUAUGGACUUUUUAUGUUUGAUUUUUAAUUUUUCUAUAUGCAUCAGUUUGGUUUUCAUUUCAAUUCAAAGUCAUUAUUAUAAUUUUUUUUUUUUUUGGGCUGAAUGCAGCAAAGAAUGUGCAACACGGACAUUUGGAAACACGGGUGGUCUCCUCAACGCCGUGACAACGUGAUCAUGACUCGUACCAGAGCCCCGUAGUCACCGUCACUGUUUGGGUUCUCCACUCCAUCAUCAUCAUCAUCAGUCUCUGGAGCUUCCUCUUCCCUGAAGAACAUUUAUCUUCAUUCUCAUGUUGGCACGUCACACGGUCAAGCGGGGCUGCGUAUUUUCACACGUUGACCACAUUGUAUGCACGGCCGACACUGUUACGUAUCGAUGUGCAAAAGUUUGAGGUCACCGCUAGCUUUGUUGUUUUAAUGACGGUUUCUAAAUCACAGCAGGGAUUUCCAGAAGAAUGCAAAGCCAAUUUCCGCUGAACGGCGUAGAGGUGAUUGUACGUACUUAGGAGGAAGUCGUCCUCCAUAAAGUAGGAAUGGUUUAAUUGUGCUUGGUCAUUACUAAAACAACAAAUCUAAUAGUGCCUUUAGGCUUUUACACGGUAAUAAAAAUACGACUCGUGAAAAGUUUUUGCAGGGAGAAAGGUUGGGUCUUCUGGGUGAAAUUUUGGGAUGAUCCUAAAAUUGCAAACUUUUAAUUUCACCUUCUCUAAACCUUUUGGAUGCAGGCCGUGAUGGGAAAAGUUUGGACUCCGGCUCAGGACCAAAUCAAUCAAUAUGAGCCAAACGCAGACGUUUGGGUCCGCAAGCAACAUAUCCGUUCCAAAGCUGAUGUGUGUGAAUAUCUAGUUUGGAAUCUCGGCCCGCCUUCAUGGACGAGUAUGGAAAUAAAAACAUAUCGGAGAUGCUGAGAUCAGGGUUUUUAAAACGUUUUUAAAUCAAAAUAAUUGAUUCGUAGUUGCAGCUCUACUGGAAAGGUCUUUUAGGGUCAACAUGACAUUUUACCCAGAAGCCGAGUAUUGGGGCCACAUUGCAGAAAAUUUGUAGGGGCAAAAAAAACUUGUAGAUUUAUGAGAAUAAAGGCAGAAAUUCAUAUCAUACAUGUCGGAGGGGGAAAAUAAAGCAUAGCUCUUUUAUUUAUAAUGUGGCAGCAAAACAGCAGUUGAGCACAAACGGAUUAGCAUGUCUAGUCCUCCUCACUUCCGCCUUACUUACCCCGUCCACAUGCCCAAGGCCAUAUAUAUCACCAUAACAAAGUCGUAAUAUUACAAGAGUAAUACCUUUGUGACUAUCUCGUAAAUUUUCGAUUUUAUUUUCAUACCGUUAAGAGAAUAUGAGACUAAAGUCAAAUUGAUGAGAAGUCGUCGAAUUUACGACUUCUAAAUUUAGGACUUUUAUUCUCGUAACAUUACGAGAAUAUGGAAAAGUCAAAUCGACGAGAAGUUGUAAAUGAAAAGUUGUAAAUUUACGACUUCUAAAUGUAUGCCUUUAUUCUCAUAACUUUACGAGAAUAUGAGAAAGUCGUAAAUUUACAACUUUUCAUUUACGACUUGUGAGGGAAAAAAGACGUACAUUUCAAAAACAUGAGAAUAAAGUCAAAUUUCCGAGAAGUCGUAAAUGAAAAGUUGUAACUAAAUUUAUGAUUUUGUUCUCGUAACAUUACGAGAAUAUGAGACAGUCAUAUAGAUUUAGAAGUUGUAAAUAUGACUUUUUGAAAAGUCGUAAACUUACGACUUUUUGAAAAGUUGUCAAUUUACGACUUCGAAAUGUAUGCCUUUAUUCUCCUAACAUUACGAGAAUAUGCAAAAGUCGUAAAUUUAGAAGUCGUAAAUUUACGACUUUUGUGAGGAAAAAAGGUGUAACUUUAAAAAACAAAGUCAAAUUUACGAGAAGUCGUAAAUUUAUGACUUCUAAAUUUAUGCCUUUAUUCUUGUAACAUUACGACAAUAUGAGAGUCAUAAAUUUAGAAGUCGUAAAUUUGACUUUUUGAAAAGUCAAAAAGUAAAUGUACGACUUUGAAAUGUAUGCCUUUAUUCUCGUAACAUUACGAGAACAUGAGAAAGUCAUACAUUUAGAAGUCGUAAAUUUACGACUUUUCAUUUACGACUUUUGUGAGGAAGAAAGACGUAACUUUAAAAAACAUUUACGAGAUUACAAAUUCACGAGAAGUCAUCUAAAUUUAUUCCUUUAUUCUCGUAACAUUACGACAAUAUGAGAAAGUCAUAAAUUUAGAAGUCGUACAUGUACAACUUUUCAUUUACGACUUCUCGUAAAUUUGACUUUAUUCUCAUGUUUUUCUUGAGAAUAAAGUCAAAUUUACGAGAAGUCGUAAAUUUCCGACUUCUAAAUUAAUGCCUUUAUUGUCGUAAAUUUAGAAGUCGUACAUGGACAACUUUUCAUUUACGACUUCUCGUAAAUUUGACUUUAUUCUCAUGUUUUAAAAAUUUAUGCUAUCUUGAGAAUAAAGUCAAAUUUACGAGAAGUCGUAAAUGUACGACUUCUAAAUGUAUACCUUUAUUGUCGUAACAUUGCGAGAAUGAGAAAGUCGUAAAUUUACGACUUUUCAUUUACGACUUCUCGUAAAUUUGACUUUAUUCUCAUGUUUUAAAAAUGUAUGCCUUUUUUCCUCUCAUCUGUCCUGAGAUUAAAGUCAAAUUUACGAGAAGUCGUAAAUUUACGACUAAACGUAUGCCUUUAUUGUCGUAACAUUGCGAGAACACGAGAAUGUCAUCAAUUUGGACGUAGUAAAUUUACGACUUCUCGUAAAUUUGACUUUAUUCUCAUGUUUUUUUAAUUUACGCCUUUUUUCUCACAAAUGUACGACAUUUUCUCAUAAAUUUACCGCUAGCUCUAGUAAAUUUACGCCUUUUUUUCUCAGAUUUCCGACUUUUUCCUCUUCAAUUUCUGAUAUGAUUCUCAAAAUCUUGUCUUUUAUUAUUUUUUUUUCCAAUGUGGCCACAAUCUUGGUAUAUAUUUGCAUAGUAGAAUAUGUCAGGGAGAAUUCGCGAUGCUAGCCUUGUGUGUCGCCUGUAAAAACGCCUCCGGUAGUCUCCACUGAGGUUGCCUGGGGUUCCUGUCUCCAAAUCACGGACCAAGUCGCCCCGGAGAGAUUCCCCUUGCAAUGAGAUUAAAUGAUUCCAAUGCUACACCAGUAACAUUCCAGUAAAUCUCGAUUUGGACGCAAGAACCUGCGUCCAGGGAUGUUUUAUUUCUGUUAAAAAUGGAUGCUUUUCUUUGAUUUGAAUGUGAUUUGUCAAUGUAAGGCACAUUUCCACACCCAAAGUAGUGGGACUUAGUAGCCUGGAGUGGAAAAGCGGUGGGUUUAGUAGCGGAGUCGUAAUGUCAGCAUAACUAGCUAAUGUGAGUGGAAUGACUCCGCCCCCCCCCAAAAAAGGACCCUGAUUAUAACCCAAACUGGGUUUCGAACACAACUCAAUUGCAUCUCCACGGAGCUGCUGCUCGUCCCGAGGCUGUUUCUGCACACCGCAUGAUGCCUUCAAUGGCGCUGUGGACACUGUCAAUUUUUUUUGUAUUUUUUUUUUUUUGUCACUGUGCAUUACUUAACUGGUAAAAUUGCUCAUUUCCCUCAGGAGGUCCUGUCACAUAUCAAAAUGUUCUGCUCUGGCUUCCAUUAACAUUUCAAUGAGGCCGCGUUCACUUGCACUUCCCCGUGCUUCCGUUCCACCAUUUCCAUCAGCGCUUUCACCGUGGGUCUCCUUUCUGUGGAAAUCUGUCCUUCAAAAAAAAAAAAAACAUGCUGUAGAGAUGUUUGUCCAGAGGUCAUAAAUGGAAGAGAGAUGUAUUCUGUUUGUAAAAAUGCACAGGAAGAGAAUAAA